AAUUGAAGCCGCGUGCAAUUUUUUAAAACAACGUCGGCAGCGACGUCAGCGGCGUGUGCUGGCGUUUUGUUAAAUGCUUAAAAAGCAUUUCAUUUUAAAACAACAGUAAUAAUAACAACAACAGCAGCAGCAGCAGCACGGAAUCUACUGCGUCGCACUUUUUCACCGUUAAACUUGGCUGCGUCGCCGCCGCCUGCGCUGCUUCUUGUAGCCCCCAAAAAACACAACGAGCUGCAAAUUCAAUUUGUGGAGAGAAAAAGUGUCGCCGCCACAAGGACAUCAUCAUCAUCAUCAUAUAUAAAUUGUUAAAAACAAAUGCAACAGUUGGAAAGCAUUAAACAAUAAGCAAAGCAAACGCUUUGGCAGGAGAAUUGCGUUUGAAACAAAUACAACAACAUUAAAUUGUUGUUUGCAUUUUUUUCUCGGUUUUCUGCGCAGCAGUGAGCUGUCUACAAAUUUACAUAUAACCAUAUAUGCAAACAUUGCUUAUAUCGAAACUAUAUAGUAUAUAGACAAAGUAAAGAGCAGCAGCAACAGCAGCGCGGGCAAGGAAACGUCAUUGAACCGCGGGGGGAGGUGGGCAGCAAAGAACUGUCAACUGUGGACGGUCGACGGUCGUCGUGGUUGUCAUCAUCACCACCACCCACGCUCAUUGCUGUCAAUUGCAUUUGUAACCUCAAAACACAAGAACAAACUCAAAAUGAUCUCAAACAAAAAGGCUUAUGCCAUGAAAAUGCUGCAAAUAGCUUUGGCCCUGAGCCUGCUGCAUGUGGAUCCGGAGUAUACGUUGCUGCAGCAGCGACUGCGGCGCUGGGACUCGCAGCUGGAGCUGUCGCAUGGCGAUGGCUGGGAGCUGGAAAUGCUGCGCACGGUGCCGAUGCGCGAGUCGCAGCAUCCGUAUGGCAAUCGCAAGGGCAUGACACCGUUGAUUGAGGAUCUGCUGCACUUGGAUGAGCUGUCGCCGCUGCUGGCGGGCAUGGGCGUGGGCGCUGCCAAGGGCUACAAGCUGCCCAGGGGCAACUUCAAUGCCAGCACUUUUGUUAUGAAUCUGCAUAAUACGACGGGCAACAGCAGCGUGCAGACUGCAGCGCUGCAGGAUUUGCAAAGCACUGGAGGCGCCACAGGCGGUGCCAGCGCUGCGGAGAGUGGCGCAGCAGCAGCGACGGACAACAGCAGCAGUAACAACAACAGCAGUUCGCAUGCUGCUAGUGCGGAAGCGGAUAUGUUUGCCUCAUCCGAUUUGCCGCAUGAUCAGCGCUCAAUAUGGGAACAGAACUUGGCUGAUUUGCAUGACUAUGGCGAUUUGCCCUUUAGCAGUCCUUAUGCUAAUUUGCCGCUUAAGGAUGGACAACAAACGGAUCUCAGUCUGGCAGCCUUUAUACAUGGAUUUGCCGGCGGCGCGCAGCUGAAUGCAGCAAGUCUCAAUGCACUCAAUGACAGCACGCCACAUCCCAGCAGCACAGGCAGUUUAACUGUGGAACAAGAGGAGCAGCAGGAGCAGGAGGAUGAAGAUGAUCUGCAGCUGAAUCUGCUGUUUGGCGAGCACAACGACGAUGCGGAGGCAGAUGCUGAACUUUGUGCUGCAGGCGUUGCCAAUGCCUGCGAAGUGGAAGGACUAACCAGCGAGGACUCCUACGGUGUUAUCAACGAAGUCGAAGUUGUUGAGGAGGAAAGUGAAAUCGCUGAGGUGCUUUAUAAGCAGGAUGUGGAUUUGGGCUUUAGCCUGGAUCAGGAGAAAAUUAUUAAUGCUUCAUAUGCAAGCGGCAAUAGCUCAACUGAUGCUAAGAAAGAUCAAGAUGCUGCUGCUGGGGAAGAAGUGGCAGCCAAGGCUACAGCUGACAGCAAUAAACUUAAUGCUGACGAUGUGGAGAAGCUUGCGGCUUUGGAAGAGCUACAACAAGAUAAGACAACACUUAAUGAAAAGGAUGCUGCCGAUUUGGAAGCAAUUACAAAUGAAUGGGAUGGCAUACCGUUUACUAUUGAUAAUGAAACUGGUGAAUACGUGCGUUUGCCAUUGGAUGAGCUGCUCAACGACGUGCUGCAGCUAUCGCAUUUUCCGCUUGAAGACGACGAGUUACCCAACGAUUCAGUUGCAUCCACCUCGCAGGCUGCCGCUGCCGCAACGCAUAGCAAAGCCGCAUCGAAAGUUGUUAGCGAAACCGGUGAGGACGACUUUGAGGAUCUGCAGGAUUCGCUGGGCUCGCCUUUGUUUGAUUUAGAUGACGACGCCAAAAAGGAAUUAGACGAAAUGCUGCAAUCAACUGCUCCGCCCUAUCACCAUCAUCAUGCGCAUCCCCACGCUCACCACGCCGCCGCUGCGCAUCACCAUCAUCUGGCCCAGCAUGCGGCUCAUCAGCGCGCUGUCCAGGCAAGCGCCAACUAUGCCAGCGUGGGCAGCGGUCCGAACAGCGCAUUCCAGCGUCAGCCGCCAACUGCAGCCGGCUUCCAUCAUGGCCAUCAUCAUCAGAGCCGCAUGCCGCGUCUGAAUCGCAGCGUUUCGAUGGAGCGUCUGCAGGAUCUGGCCACCUACUUUAGCCCCAUACCGAGCAUGGGCGUGGUCGGCGGCGUUUCCGACAUGCCGCCCUAUCCGCCGCACUAUCCCAGCUACAGCUAUCAGAGCUCAGCAGCCGCCGGCGCUCAGCACGCCGCUCAAUAUGGUCAGGCGGCAGCGGCUUCGUUGCCGCCACCACCGCCGCCGCCGCAUCAUAGCCAUGCUGGACAUCAUGCUGCCAUGCUGCAUGCCAAUUCAUCGUUGGGCGACAUCUGCCCCGCCAGCGGCGGCCAGCCGCACUAUGGCCACAAUCUGGGCUCGGCGGUCAGCUCCAGCAUGCACUUGACCAAUGCCAGCCAUGAGGCCGAUAGCGCUGCCGCUGCAGCUGCUGCUGCGGCCGCCGCUGCUGGCAGCAACUACAAGAUGGAGCACGAGAUGAUGUAUUAUGCGAACUCUUCGUCGGAUAUGAAUCAUACGGAUGGGUUUAUGAAUUCAAUUUUCAGCGACGAGGAUCUGCACUUGAUGGAUAUGACAGAAAGCUUUUGUCGCAUGGUGGACAACAGCACCAGCAACAAUUCGUCUGUAUUGGGUCUGCCCAGUGGCGGACAUGUAGGCAACGUUGGCGCCACUUCCUUGUCCAGUGGUAAUCCGAAUGCUGUAGCUGCUGGCUCGGCUGCUUCAAUGAGUGGUGCAGCUGCUGUGGUGGGUGCUGCUGGUGGCAUGACCAGCGAUAUUUUGGCAAACUCUGGCGGCGCACAGGCUGGCGCCGAUCGCUUGGACGCAUCCAGUGACAGUGCGGUCAGUUCCAUGGGCUCCGAGCGUGUGCCCUCGCUAUCCGACGGCGAAUGGGGUGAGGGCAGUGACUCGGCACAGGAUUAUCAUCAGGCCAAGUACGGCGGACCCUUUGACUUUAGCUACAACAACACGCGUCAGCCGCCGGUGGCGCAGAAGAAGCAUCAGCUCUAUGGCAAGCGCGAUUUGCAUAAGCAAACACCCAAUCCGCAUUCGGCUGCAGCUGCUCCAGUGCCAGCUACAGCGCAGUCCCAGCAGCAGCCACAGGUGCCCAUCAAAUACGAGUAUGAGGCAGGUGCCACAGCUUUUACCAGCAUGCAACGCAGCAGCGGCAACAAUGCAGCUGAUGUGGGUGCUAUGGCGCCCGCUUUGUCCAAGGAUUAUCAUCAUCAGGCGUAUGGCAUGAGCGCUGCCAGCGCUUUCACAGCUGACUAUGGCUUGCCACGUGCUCCGGUAACGCCGCAGGAUUUGGUGCAACUCAAUCACACCUAUGCGCUGCCUCAAGCUACAGGCAGCUUGCCGCAAGGCAGUGGCUCGCUGCCCAGACCCCAAGCACGCGAUAAGAAGCCGCCAACUGCAACUAAACAACAAAAAUCACAUGGAGGCAGCAAUGUGAGUCUAUCCGACGAGGAGCAUCUAUCGCGCGAUGAGAAACGCGCACGCGCUUUGAAUAUUCCCAUACCUGUGGGUGAUAUAAUCAAUCUGCCCAUGGAUGAGUUCAACGAGCGCUUGUCCAAGUACGAUCUGACCGAGAAUCAAUUGUCGCUUAUACGCGACAUACGUCGUCGUGGCAAGAACAAGGUGGCAGCUCAGAAUUGCCGCAAGCGCAAGUUGGAUCAGAUACUUACGCUGGAGGAUGAGGUCAAUACGGUGGUCAAACGCAAGUCGCAGCUGAAUCAUGAUCGUGAUCAUCUGGAGGGUGAGCGCAAGCGCAUUUCCAACAAGUUUUCCAUGCUGCAUCGCCAUGUGUUCCAGUAUCUACGCGACAGCGAUGGCAAUCCUUGCUCACCAGCUGACUAUAGCUUGCAACAGGCUGCCGAUGGCUCCGUUUACUUGCUGCCGCGUGAUAAGAGCGACAAUGGCACCACUGCCACCGCAGCAGCCAGCGCUGUUGCCAGCAGCAGCAACAAUGGGCUGCCACCAAAUGGUUUGCAUGCUCAUCAUCAGCUGGCGCAGCCGCAGUCUCAGCAUAUGCCACUGCAACAGCAGCAGCAACAGUCGCGCUUGCCACCACACUUGCAACAGCAGCCAGCUCAUAUGCAACACUUGUCACAGCAGCAGCAGCAACAACAGCAACAGCAGCAGCCGCCACAUCAGCAUACGCACCAUAAGGAAUGAAAGUAUCUGUUGCGUAUUGCCGCAACAACGAGUUGGUUGUCUAGCUUUCAACAGCAGCAGCAGCAGCAGCAAGAACAGCAGCAACAUCAUUACCAGCAACAGCAGCAGUUACAGUCUGCUGAGCCGCCGUAUGAUUACCGCUAUGAUUUUUAUAACAACAGUUAUUUGUACUAUUGAGCGCUGCUAAGCGAGAGCGUCUGCUGUUGAGCAUUAAUUUUUUCUUAUACAUUUGUCAUGCUCUGCUCAAUUGUUGCUUUUGGCUUGCAACAUGUUGCGGGCAACAUAUGUUGCUAGCGCUGCAGUCACACACACACACACACACUGAGCUGCAAAUUGAAUAACUUUUUAUUCUCAAACAAAACACACACACACACACACACACUACACUAAUUUACGCAUUGCAUUUCAUUCAUAGUUUGAUUUUUAGUAAACAUUUUUGUUAUUUAUUUUUAAAGAAAAAAUUGUUAAUUGAAAAUGCCUUUAUUGAGAAUUAACUACAAACCCCCAAUUGUUAGAGCUAUCAAAAUUAUUUGCUUUUGUUUUAAAGCUAAUCCGCAGCAGCAAAUUAUAUAUUUAAUUGUGAUAAAAUGAUAAAAUUUGAAUUAACUUUCCCAUAAACCAUUCAUACUAAUGCUCAUUUCACACACACACAUACAAAAAGAACUAUCAACGGGUCGUCCAAGAAAUUAUGAUGCUAAUUACCAUUUACAUUUAUAAUAAUAGUCUGUAAAAUAAUUCAAAGCAAACCCUUGUAUAAAUAGCUAUUAAGUGCGAAGUUUUGUAAACGGUUUGAAUUACAUACACACAUAUUGCUGGACAUUUUUAUAGACUCGCUUAUAAGACGCCUAGCUCAUAACACACCCACACACACAAACACAAAGGAAAACCAUUAAAAUUACAACAAUUAGCGUAUUAUUUACUAAUACUUUAGGCCUAGUUUUAAGCUUUGUAAAUACUUACAUUUAAUUUAGACUACCUAUUUUAUUCACUGUAAUACACUCAAUGAACUAAUUGUAAAUUUUACUAAGAAAAAAAAAAACAACAAAAAAACGCAAAAAAAAAAAGGAAACUACGGAUUAAUAGCAUCAUUGCUGCAUACAAAAACAACAGAAGAACGCUAGAAAUAUUAAUAUUUAAUAUUCUUACAAAAUGUCCUAUUGCAUAAAGAGUUUAACUACUUAGAAAUUAGUAACUAUUUAUAAUGAUGUACACAAAACAAGCUACAAGUUCGGAAUAAACUAUUGUUAAAAAGAAAA